CCUGGGGCUGCUUUUCCAGCUCCCCUGUGUCCCGGUCGGGCGGGAAGCAGCCCCGGUGUGACGGCGGAAGGCGCCCCGGCGGCACCGCCCCGCGUGGGCAUGGCGGCUGGGGCUCGGCGGCGGCAGCUCCCGGCCUGGAUGGGGGCGGCGGGGGACGGGCGGGCGGCGGCGGCCCCGGCCCCCAGCGCCGGGCGGCGGCGGGCGGCGGCGGGGCGCAGGCCAGCGGCGCUGUACUGCAUGAACGAGGCGGAGCUGCUGGAGGUGGCCCUGGCGGUCCUGGCCGAGAAUCUACACAGCGAGGAAGGUGAGGAGAAGGCCCUGUCCGGGAGCGAGGAGGAGCAGGAGAUCCCGCCAACACCAAGCGAGGCCAGCACGGAUGGAGGCAGCGACCGCGGUCCGGCACUUCCAUCCCCUUCUGCUGCUGGUGCUAAAGCAGAGGGGACAGGCGCGGAGAACUCUGAGGACGAUGUCCUGAAAUACGUCAGGGAGAUCUUUUUCAGCUAACAUCUCUGACUUCCCAGGAGAAGAGGGCAUAAUGGGGAGGGUGUCUCCUCCCGCGGCCCUGGGAGCGGUGGGAGGAGGGCGUGGUGGGGGCUGUGCAUCCAUCUGCUGUGCCGGUGCCCUGUGUAGCUGGUAGGAUACCUAGGAAGGCCAGGGGGGAAAGGAAGGAGGUACUCAGUUCUCCCAGUCUAUGCUGGGCUCAGUGGGAUUUGGCUCCAGAUGAGGAUGUGUUUGAUUCUGUUUCACAUUUCACAGCAUGGACAGAUAAAAGAAGACAUUCGGAUUUCUGUGAGUAUCCCUUUGGUGGGUUGGUGUUGGGCAUGGAGGCAAGCAGGGAGCUGCUGACCUGGAAGACCUUUGCUGGCAGAGCUACAUGGUCAUGGUUCAGCCGUGAGGCUCCCUUGUCCUUGUGGUCCCUCAGUCACAGCUGCAGCAGGGCCUGGCAGGCUGUUCCCAUUGGGCCUGGUGCUGAGUUUGCCUCCAGACUCCAGCUGUCUUCCCAAUGCUGAGGAACACGAACGGGAGCAGAGUGGCCGGGGCUGGGCUGACCCCGUGGGGGGGCUAGUGUGCGUGGGGGUCUGGGAAGGAAUGAAGAUGGCUCAGAAUCCUCUUCCCAAUUAAAAAAAAGGAUAAACAAACCACAUGAGGCCAGCUGUGAGAGCAUGUAUUAAAAUGAAGAAUCGAUCAAAUCAGCAUCACCAGCCUCAUCGCCACCAAGGCUGAAGCAAGAGAAAACAGACCCUCAUGUCCCUUGAAACAAAUUCACUCAACUGCAAAGAAUAUCACUGUUAAGCAGGCAUUCUUUAUUUACAUAAAUUCUC